AUGGUCUUCCUCACGAUCAACAAAACCCAAGUCGACUUCCCGUACCCGCCCUACCCCGUCCAGCUGCGCUACAUGCACCGCGUAAUCGACGCCCUCCGAAACGGCGACAACGCGCUCCUCGAGUCGCCCACGGGCACGGGCAAGACCCUAUGUCUGCUGUGCGCGACGCUGGCCUGGCGCCGCACCUACAACGCGGGCCUCGCCCCGCCCGCCGGCCCCGCCUCCUCCCUCGCCGCCCUCAUCCGCCCCGACCUGGCGCCGCAGCUCUCGACCCCCCGCAUCAUCUUCUGCUCGCGCACGCACUCGCAGCUUGCGCAGGCUGUCGCGGAGCUCAAGAAGACCGUGUACAAGCCCGGCAUGUCCCUGCUCGCGAGCCGCGACCAGCUCUGCGUGCACGACAUCGCCUCAACUUUCUCGGGCUCACGUCUCAACGCCAAGUGCCGCCGCAUCACCGCCCCGGCGAAACGACAGUGCAGGUUCCACCUCCCUGUCGCUAGUAACCGACCGCAUGAGAACCGCGCCCCGGAGCUCAUCGACAAGCUGCACAGUCAACCGCCCAUGGACAUCGAGGACGUCCGCGCGUUUGGCAUUUCCGAAGGCGCGUGCCCGUGGUUCUUGUCCCGCGCAGCGGCGAAAACCGACUCGUGCGAGAUACUGUUUUUGCCGUACAAUUACCUGCUUGACCGUUCCGCCCGUCAGUCGCUCGGCAUUGAUUGGGUUAAUGAUAUCCUCAUCAUCGAUGAAGCGCACAACCUUGAGGCUGUAUGUGCGGAUGCUAUGAGCUUUGACUUGCCAGAAUCGGUGCGUGUGGCAUGUCUCAGCGAGCUUUCUCAGCUUAUCGAGUACUCGAUUCAGAUUCGGUUGAUGCGCUCGAUUUUGAAUGAUGUCGAGGCCUUUAUCAACGGCGUCCAGUUUGAUCGGGGGGAAGGGUCCGAUAUCUCCUUCCGCGUUUUCCCUGCUUCAGAGUUGAGGAAGCAGUUCGAAAGCUCAGGCGCCUUGACCGCGGAAACGUAUGAGAUGUUUCUCGAAUUGCUAGACAGAGCGAUGGGCAUCCAGGCCGAGGUAUCAAAACCCGAAUCCAGUUCCGGCCGGGGACUUUUGGCCUCCCAAGCACCUAUUCUGUCAGCUGGUAGCAAUACCAUCAAGAUCGUGCAAACCGCAAUUCGCGUUUUGUUUGAGAGCGCCGCGUCCGGUUACGAGCGUAGCUGCCGCACUGUAGUACAGCAAAACCGUUCCAAACCUGGCAGAACGGUUUCAUAUUGGUGUUUUAAACCGGCGGUCACGAUGCGAAACCUUCAGAGUUUAAAGAUGCGUAGCAUGCUGUUGACUAGUGGAACACUGUCGCCAAUGGAAUCCUUCGCCUCGGAGUUGGGUGUACACUUCCCAAUUCGGCUGGAGAAUCCCCAUGUUGUGACCAAACCACAGAUAUGGGCGGGGGUGAUAAAAACGGGGCCUGAUCAUGAAGGACAAAAAGGAGGCAGGUUGACUUCUGCGUUUUACGCGCGUGGGGAUGCGGCUCAUGUUGAGCUGGGUCGCACCAUGAUAAAAAUAGCGUCGCUCGUUCCUGAUGGACUACUGGCGUUCUUUCCGUCAUACGGCUCUUUGCAUUCAUGUAUUGAAGCUUGGAAGCGUCUCGGCCCUGGCUUGGACGGCGCCAGACCCUCCGUAUGGGAGCACCUUCUCCGCCACAAGCAAAUUGUUGCAGAGGAACGAGACGCAGCGAAGUGUUCCGCGGCGAUUCUCGCGCACAGAACAAAUGUUGACGCACGCGUCGGAUCCAUUCUUCUGGCUGUCUGUCGAGGAAAAGUCUCAGAGGGUAUUGAUUUCAGUGAUGAGUACGGGCGUGCAGUUGUGAUUACCGGGCUUCCCUUUCCGGCCGCCAUGGAUCCCAAAGUUAUACUAAAAAGGGAGAUAUCUGACGAGGAGGCUAAGGCUUGGUACACUGGACAAGCUUUGAGGGCUGUCAAUCAGGCCGUUGGAAGAGCGAUAAGGCACAAAUACGACUAUGGUGCGAUUAUUUUGUGCGAUGAGCGAUACCAGUCAAAGAAUGUACAGAAGCAGGUGUCCAAGUGGAUUCGUCCGAGCUUAACAAUCUGCCCAAGCUUUGGAGACGCAGAGCAGUCGUUGGGGUCUUUUUUUUCGAACGCCGUCAAAUCCUCGUUCGCGAAAGAUGGGGAGGCAAGAAGACUAGAAGCAAGAAGAAAAAAGAAGGAAUCUGGUGCAGACAAGCGACCAGAAGAAAACACAGACGCUGUUGUAGUGGCGCAGGAGGCUAUCAGUAGGAUUCUGCCACCGCCAAAGUCGGAGGAGCAGUUUCUAAAACAGAUUUUUUCGCUGUCAGAUGAACUGGCAACACGGAACGGAAAACGGAAGGAGAAGAUAGAAGUGCACCCUCGUGCAAAAGAUACCCCAAAAUUUAGGAUCUUAGACUUUAGUGGAGACAGAGCACGUGGGGGCCUGAAGGAUAGUGGAUUUGGAGGAAAUGACAAGAGGCCCAGGCCCAAUAAGCGAGCAACGCAAGAAUCAAGUAGAAGCUCGGAGUUUCUCGCUGCUCGAGCAAAACGAAUUGAAGAUGAAGAAGGUCGAGGGAAGCCUUCGCCGCUUAUUCGCAGGGAAAAACGGCUUCGAACAGCAGCAUCUGGACAAAGCACUGAGGGCAUGGGAAGAAGGAAGAGACGGGAAGUUGCUUUCUCGGUACAAAUCAAGCAAGUGUUCGAAGGUCAGGAAGGCAUUCGCCAGUUUUUGGCUCUCUUCCGCGAAAUUUUGAGAAUUCAGACAGAAAUCAAAGAAGGGACUGGGCCCCUUCAAUCCGAUGAGCAACUGCAGGCAUGCCUCAAAGAAGCGAAGGCGUCUACUGAAAAGAUUAUUGCGCUAAUAAGGGAAAAGGCAAAUGGCGAAGAUAUCGAGACAUUUUUGCGAAAUCUUAGGGUGAAGUUCCCUGUAGAAUUUCGACACUGGUACGAUGCUGCUCUGUAG